AUGAAACAACCACUUAUAUGUUCGGGUCAUUCAAGACCAGUAUCUGAUCUUGCAUAUUGUAAUGAAGGAAGCGAUGGGUGCUUUAUAAUAUCAGCAUGUUUAGAUGGUAAACCAAUGCUGAGAGAUGGAUCCAAUGGAGAUUGGAUAGGAACAUUUGAAGGUCACAAGGGCGCCGUAUGGUCAUCCAGAUUCAAUUCAACCGCUACACAAGCCAUCACUGCCUCUGCCGAUUAUACUGCUAAACUUUGGGAUACAUUAAAUGGUACAGAAUUAUAUUCAUUUGAACACGACUCUAUUGUAAAGACUGCUGAUUUUUCAAGAAAUAAUAAUAGAAUAGUGACUGGAGGUGCUGACAAGGUUCUCAGAGUUUUCGAUUUGGAGAACCCAACAGAACCAAUAUUCAAAGUAUCUGGACACAAUGGAAUGAUCAAAUGUGCAUUGUGGAGUGUAUACAAUGACGACUGCGUACUAAGUGGUGGCGCAGACGAGGUUAUCCGUAUUUGGGAUCUCAGAAGUCAAAACAAAAUGACUAUUUGCGCAAAGGCUCCAAUCUCGAGUAUGGAGUUUAGUAAAGAUAAAAAAUUAUUACUUACAACCGCUGGUAAUGAAGUUACAUUUUGGGAUGCUCAAUCAUUCCAUCCAGUUAAAGUUUAUUCACUUCCAUAUGAUGUUCAUUGUGCGUCAUUACAUCCUGAUGGAUCUAGAUUUAUUGCUGGCGGUAGUGAUUUUUGGGUUCAUGUCUAUGACUCUGCAACUGGAAACGAAAUUGAAGUUAAUAAGGGUCACCAUGGUCCAGUCAAUUGUUGUCGAUAUUCAUCUGAUGGCGAAUCAUUUGCUUCAGGUUCGGUUGAUGGUACAAUUAGAAUUUGGAAUGAUCUGGUGUCACACGUCUUUUCUCUGGGAGGGUUUUCAAACGAGAGAUCCGUCGCUGCAUCAAUUGCUUAUUAUUGUCAUUGUCAUAAUUUCACAGCAGAAAUUAACGGAGCACCAGCAGCAGUAGUUUAA